CUUUGAUCGGUUACAAAAGCUCAUAAUCAUCACCUCAUAAAACCCUCUUUACACACACCAUCAUAUUCAAUAAAUUCAAUCAACUUUACACACACUUGUGUCACCUUUGAGUAAUGAAAUUGCCCUUUGCCUCGUCCCAAAACAAUAUUAAUUCUCCCAACAUCAAGCAACAAGUCACUAGUGGUGGUGCUGGUGGUGGUGCUAGUGCUGGUAUCGUAACAAACCGAUACGAACCAAAUUCGGUACUCGACGUGCGACGGAGCCCGCCUAGUCCGGUUUCUAGCAAGCCUUUGGAGUUUCGACCGACUAGUCUUAAUAGUAACAAUAACAGUAACAGUAACAAUAACAGUGUCGUGUUUUCGUCCUCGGGUGAUCAGCUCCCGUUGGAUGAUACCAUUGAGCAUGGUAUGAGCCAUCAGUUUGAAGAAUGGGACUCUCUCAUGAAGGAACUAGGGCUUCAUGAUGACUCUAGUAAGUCGGGUUAUCCGCUCGAUCUCCCCGAGCUGCCGCCGAUUCACACCGAAGCGAAUAUUCCAGCAACCGCGAUGUUAUUUCACUCCGAGUUCGAGAACUUGAACCCGAGCGCCAACGCGCUUGAUUUCAUGGGCCAGAACGAUGACGAUAACGAUAACAAUAACAGUAACAGUAACAACGGUUUUGAUUAUGUGGACGAGCUGAUCCGGAUAGCCGAGUGUUUCGAAACUCGGUCUAUCCAGCUGGCUCAGGUGAUACUAACGCGGCUCAACCAGCGGCUCCGUGCGCCAAACGGAAAGCCGCUUCAGCGAGCCGCGUAUUAUUUCAAAGAGGCGCUUCAGAGUCUACUCACCGGGUCAACUCGGUUGACUCAGUCAUCUGCUCCUUCAGAUAUUAUUCAAGCUAUCAAAGCGUACAGAACGUUCUCGAACGUCUCUCCGAUCCCGUUGUUCUCCGACUUCACCGCGAACCAAGCGAUGCUGGAGGCGGUGGACGGUGCGAUGAUCGUCCACGUCAUCGAUUUCGACAUCGGUUUAGGCGGUCAUUUAGCCUCGUUCAUGAGAGAAAUCGCGGAAAAAGCCGAGGCGCGGAAAGUUCAUUCACCCGCGGUUAGAAUCACCGCGGUUGUAGCGGAAGAAUAUGAAGUCGAAUCGAAAUUGAUCAGAGAUAAUCUCUGGCAAUUUGCUCGCGGUUUGAAACUGCGGUUCGAUAUAGAGUUCGUCUCGUUUCGAACCUUUGAGUAUUUAUCAUUUAAGUCUAUUAAGUUUAUAGAUGGGGAGAAGACCGCGGUUCUUUUGAACUCAACUAUCUUUUAUCGUAUCGGAGCAGGUUUUAUUAAUGAUAUCCAUCGGAUUGAUCCGCAAGUUAUCGUUUGUGUAGACGGCGAAGGAGUUAUGGCAACCGAGCCGUCAUUUUUCCGCCAGACGGUUAUCGACGGACUCGAAUUUUAUUCGACGGUUUUAGAAUCGUUGGAGGCCGCGAACAGCGGCGGUGGUGAUUGGAUGCGGAAGAUUGAGAGGUUUGUGUUGCUGCCGAAAAUUACGGCGGCGGUGGAAGCGGCGGGGCGGCAGGCGCCCACGUGGCGCGAGGUGUUUGGUAGGGCUGGGGUUAGGGCAGUGGAGAUGAGUCAGUUUGCUGAGUUUCAAGCUGAGUGUUUGUUGAGGAGGGUGCAGGUGAGGGGGUUCCACGUGGCGAAACGACAGGCGGAGAUGGUGCUGUGUUGGCAUGAUAGGCCACUUGUUUCCACGUCAGCAUGGAGGUUUUAGUGUUGUAGGAAAAGGUAGUGGUGAAAUAAUAGUCAUGUAGACGGAUACUAUUGUCAUAGGGUGGUGUUUUGUUUUUGAAUUUGGAAAUAAGUUGAAACUUGGGAUUUAGGGAUAUGUUGUGGAGAUGUAAUCACCUAAACAGAAAUACAAGCACAUAUUAAUGAAACACUUGAUGAGA